AUGGCAGGAGGAUUAAAGCGUGAGGUCAAGAGCGCUGGCAAAGCAGUGGGGUUCGGGAUGGUCAUUACAGUGUUGCCUUUUACAGCAGAGGCUAACAUUGCCCAGUCCACCUCAAACUCUAUUUUUCUAAAAAGAGACUCCCACGGAAACGGACCUGGUGGCUCGUUGCUUCAGGCUGCAACACUCCCUGCGUCUUACGAUGAUUAA